AUGGCAGUCCAAGAUAUCCAGCGACUUGUUUCCCAGAAUCCAUACAGUAUCCAAAACCGCCUUCAGUUAGCAGCCGCCUACGGUACUGCGAACUUCCCGGACCUGAAAGCCGGCGAAGCAUACAAGGCGCUUCUCCUAACCGAUGAAAUCCUCGACGACUGCGCCGAGUUCCAUGACCCAGUUCUCAGCGCAUCGUAUGCGGAUCUGAACGGUCAUGUCGACGGCAGUGAACGCGACGUCCAUGAGGCCGUGAAGCGAUGGAAACAGACAGCGCUCAUUGCGCUCGUCGAGAGUCUUUUAAGUUGCGGCUGUAUCCAGAGUGCUGUGGAAUAUGCGCAGCGACUCCCUUUGAGUGAACUUCCACGGGCGCUUGAAGACGAAACUCUAAGGAUACUAAAUACCCAUGGAAUCAACGCGGAGAGUAUCGAGGCCAUAGACCAACAUGCUCUAGACAAGAUCCCAGACCAGGGGUACGCCCGACGGGAAAUCUAUCCAUGGAACCAUUUCGAAGAGAAUCGGUUCGAGGAAGAGAACCUACAGCAGCUGAACAACUUGAUAUCUAUAGUGGCACCCCGGCUAGAAGUACGGGCUACUACAUUGCCGAUUCUUCUAGAAGGAUCCAAUUUAGAGCAACUGUCCGAGCAGUUGGGGGUCUUCGCAAAGGAGGACAUUCAACCUGGAGACACGAUCUUGGAAGAGGUUUCCCUAUUGACCGCCAACGGCCGUCUGUAUGGAGAAUACUGCGACGCAUGUAGCGCACCGCUCCCACCUCUAGACAAGAAAAAUCCCUCCCACGUGGCAGGUGCUGUUGAAUGUGAAGACUGCCAAGAGAUCUUCUGCUCGCAAACCUGCAAAGACCUCGCCAUGGAGUCCUAUCAUCCGGCCCUCUGCGAUACAGCCACCAGUGCUCUGGCGAAGGACGCCCCUGCCAAGCAGGCUCCCGAUGCAUUGUACGCGCUGCUGUUGCUCCGAACGCUGGCCAUGGCCGAGACGCAGGGAAAGCACCCGCUCGCGCUAGACGAGCUUCGCUGGAUCUGGGGCGACUUUACGAACCACGGCACGCCGACCGCAGUCGACUCCGAUCCGCCGAGGACGCUUCCCUGGUCGUUCAAAUGGAACGUGGUCAUUCCACUGAACAUGUUGGAGAAGAUGGAUGUCAACAUCUUUGACACCCGGAGCUCCGAGGAGGAUGACGAGAGCGGUUCGGAAAAUCCGGGCAGAUAUGACAUCUGGGUGUUCAACACUCUAUACGCCAAGUUUCGAGGCACAGCGUCCGCGCGUCUAGGUCCCGACGGGAGACCCGAAGUUGGUGCUGUUCAUCCCCUGUGGUGCCUUGCCAACCACAGUUGUGAUCCCAAUGUCGAAUGGAAUUGGCUUGGGAAGAUGACGUUCCAGGUCCGAGAACAGAUGGCGAAGUGGGCGGGGAAAUCCGAGAGGAGCAUCGCUGGUUUACGGAAAGGAGACGAGGUCUUCGGUUAUUACUGCGAUGUGCGAUUGAACGUCCAGGAGAGGAGAGAGUGGGCGAAGGGUGCGCUCGGAGGACCAUGUCGAUGUCCCAGAUGUUCGUGGGAAGAGCACAUUCCACUAGAGGAAUGA